AUGAGAGGGCGUAUUGAGAAUAAACUCUCUGGCUUUCACAUGCUCUUCUUCUCCCACCUUUGGUGUGUUCCUGCCCAGGUUCGUGAAAUAACCCUGCAGGCGAGACAAAAACAAAGCCAUUUCAUCAGAUCCCAGCCAAGUACAUCACGCACCCACGAGCACGACCAGGCACGCACGGCAGAAGCGAUGGGCGUCGUCUCGGCGGUGGCGGACGCGGUGGUCGUCCUCUUCUCCCUCACCAUCGCGGUGGGGGUCCCGCUCAUCGACGCGCAGGCCGUCCUCUCGCACGACGCCUACCCGGCGCAGCUGCGGGACCUCAAGCGCUGGUACGCCGCCGAGUUCGACGACUACCUCAUGGCCCACCCGCCGCCCUUCUUCCGCGGCCUCUUGUGCCUCGAGCUCGCCUUCCUCUGGCCGCUCUCCGUCGCCACCGUCUACGGCGUCCUCGCCCGCCGCCGAUGGGCCGCCACCACCUCCCUCAUGGUCGGCGUCACCACCCUCACCUCCCUGUCGGCAAUAUUUGGCGAGAUGCUGGGCUCAGGGAAGGCAACGACGAAGCUGCUUCAGAUGUAUGUUCCAUACGCCGUGUUUGCUGUCAUUGCCAUCCUGCGCGGUCUCUGCUCAUGCUCGGCGCCGGCGUCGCCGGCAUCUUCUGCUCGGAAGAAGAGGGUGUAA